GUUCAAGUAGACUCCCCACGUGACCAUAUCUUUCACUCACGUGACCUAGACGGGCGAACACGAACAACCUCCCUUCAGCUUCAGCAGCUCAACAACUCCCCAACCGUCCACAUCCAGAUUUCUGACAGCUUUUUUCAUUCAUAAUUGACGGUCACAAAAGGGACGCAUGCACUGUUGGCCACAUCCAGGUGCUUUCGUUGCAGCUCAGACCCUGAGCGACCUCCGACCUGCGCCCUCUCCCCCCGCGGUCGCCUCGUUUAAAUAAACUCUGCUGCCGUUGGUUCUCCAAAAGUCUCGCCCCUCCGGCUCACGACCCUGUCGUCCGUGGUGCGUGCGGUGGGGAGAGUGUCGUCAAAGCCUAAUCACGAUUGGUUUCGACAUCUGGGACCGCAACCGCAGAUUCUAUCACGUCACGUUUCACUUUCAUUCUUGAAGCUUCUCCUAACAUGGCUGCUGCGCUCGAUGACGAAGACCUAUCUAUCCCCAUCCCCUCCUUCGAUCAAGAUCGGGACGGCAAUCGCGAACAGGAGAGUGGACGUGAACGUGCUAGCAGAGCCGUUUCCACUCAGACUACCAAUUCCUCCGCCAUGCCAAUGCCCUCAUCGUCACGGCCGGUCAGGAGAGCCGCUGAUGUCUCCAGACAGUCCCCCGCGACCACCAGGGAUAUGCAGCGCCUUGAUCAGUAUAAGACGGUCAGGAUCCUGGGUGAGGGCUCCUUUGGGAAGGUGAAGCUCGCCAUCCAUCAACCUAGUGGCCGUCAAGUCGCCCUCAAAAUCAUUUCCCGUCGCAAACUGCUCUCCCGCGACAUGGUCGGUCGCGUGGAGAGAGAAAUUCAGUACUUGCAACUAUUAAGGCACCCUCACAUCAUCAAACUCUACACCGUCAUUGCCACCAAAACGGAUAUUGUCAUGGUUCUGGAAUAUGCUGAACGAGAACUUUUCGAUUAUCUGGUCAAAAAGGGGAGAUGCACCGACGAUGAAGCUCGCAAAUUCUUCCAGCAAAUCAUCUGCGCCGUCGAAUACUGCCAUCGUCAUAAAAUCGUGCACCGUGACUUAAAACCAGAGAAUCUUCUCAUAGACAGUGAAAAGAAUGUCAAGAUUGCCGACUUCGGUCUAAGCAAUAUCAUGACCGACGGCAACUUUCUUAAAACCAGCUGCGGCAGCCCCAACUAUGCCGCCCCCGAGGUCAUUUCCGGAAAGCUCUACGCGGGCCCCGAGGUCGAUGUAUGGAGUUGUGGUGUCAUUCUUUAUGUGCUGUUGGUUGGACGGCUUCCCUUCGAUGAUGAUUAUAUCCCCGCCCUAUUCAAGAAGAUAGCCGCCGGAAAUUUCUACAUGCCCUCCUAUAUCUCCUCGGGUGCUGUCCGUUUGAUUAGAGCUAUGUUGCAAGUUCAUCCCGUCCACAGGAUCACCAUUCCGGAAAUUCGUCAGGACCCAUGGUUUGUCAAGAAUUUACCUGCCUAUCUUCAACCGCCGCCAGAAGAAUUCACGGCAACCCCUUACGAUCCAAGCAAGGCUACGGACCCGCGUCGGGUGUCACUUGGAAAGCCACUUCCUGUCCAGUACAAGGUCCAUCAAAUCGCGGUGUCCAAGCUAGAGCGCAGUAUGGGAUACGCGCGUGAAGAUAUCGAAGAUGCUUUGAAAAGCCCAGAACCAAGCGCCAUUAAAGAUGCAUUCUUCAUAAUCGUCGAGAACGAGAUGAUGCAAACUAAUUCACCUACCGACGAUAGCCCAAUAGACAGUAACACGAAACCUUACUCCCCUAAGCCAAAAAGCAAUGCACCCCCCUCCACGCUGGCCGCCACUGGACCUCCUGACUCAGUCACACCCGCUCCAGUUCGAAGUGAUUCUCCUCGCCCCACAUCCAAGGCUCCCCAAAAUGAUUCCGAUUACCCGACUGCAACCCGUGUAAGCCAUAUACGGAUACUGCCAACGAGCCUGCCGUACGUCCACGAUCAGCUCAUGGAACAGCGUGACAGCUUCACGGCAGCGGACAGGAGAGAUAAUGCCGAAGGCGGGCAAAUUUUAGACGAAGUACCUGGAGAUGCUGCCACCGAGCGGUCUCUCGAGGAACAGGCUGCCACUGCUCGGGCUUUGAAGCCGCAUUCGCGUAGCAUUGUGGACCUUCAUAAGCUACGCCUGCAGCCUCCGGAGCGGACCGCCGCAACUCAUCCCCCCAAAAGGUCCCGGAAAUGGCAGUUCGGUAUCCGAUCUCGGAACCAGCCUUACGAGGCAAUGUUGUAUCUCUACAAAGCCAUUGAAGCACAGGGAGGUGUGUGGGAAAUCCAGCCUGCCGAACCGGAGGGUAAUCCAACCCAGGAAGACCAGCAGGAGUCCGGGGAUAAGGAACAGCCAUUGCAGAGGAAAUACACUAAUAUUCCACCGGAUUAUUAUAUCCCAAAGGACCCAUGGUUUAUUCGAGCACGACUACUGAAGGAAGGUAUUACGGCACCUGGUCAAUCGAUUAGCUCGCGCAGCAGUCGGAACGAUCUUCAAGAGCUCCUUCGUCGUGGCAAUGCUGCGAGCGGUACGAGCUUCGACGAUAAGAAUACGCCCAUUUUUACGACACGUUCCAGCGGUGAUAAUCUCGGACCCAAUCAGUAUUCUAUAUCAUAUGGUGUGUGGGUAUUUAUCGAUAUCCAAUUAUACCAACUCGAGGAGAACAACUACAUGGUCGAUUUCAAAUGUGAUGGGUAUCAAAAUGUGAUUCGUGCGCCGGACGACACUGAAUGGCACCCCAUCAGCAAGCGAUUCAAAAAUAAGGAAAAGGAAGUCAACAGCCCCUAUCCAUUUCUGGAUGUGGCAUCUGAUCUCGUGGCGCAGCUGGCUGUUGCUAGCUGAGAGUAUAUGCAUGGCAUUACAUUCUAUAAUGGAUGGUUAUUAUAUUGGCGCAAUAGGUUUUGCUUUGUUGUCCGGGGCAUGGGAACUGGAGUUGAUCGAACUUUUUUCUCUUUUCUCCUACGUUAGCAUUCAUCUCGUUGUUUCGGUCAUCGUUUGAUAAUGGUCUGGAUGGCUUGUUUGCUAUACGCGAGAAGGCGGUAUAUUUUUUUUAUGCUUAUAAAUUCAUAUUCUAUAAUACAGUGAACUUCUUGGGGAACAUUUGGUUAUGAUGUUUUUCUGUCCAUUUUGACAAUAUCUUGCAUGGGGCUAUGGCUGCAGGAAAUGCAGUCUAUUCAAUCAUAAGCGAAGUCGCGCAGAGUUGCAGCAACCUGCUUUGUUGCCUUCAUGGCCUCAUCACACCACGGCGCGAAUUGCAGAAAGCCAUGCGUUAAGUUCGCAUGAUGCCUCCAGGUGACCUUGUUGUUAGCCUCUUGGAGCUUGGAUGCAUAUUCGACGCCGACGUCGCGCAGCGGGUCAAAGCCACAGGUGAAUACAGCUGCGGGAGGGAGAUCCUUGAGGUUCGUCACAGGUUGCAUUCCGGGUGAGACGUACGGAUGAGACGGCGCAACCCCAAUAGGGAGGUAAUGAUGCGCAAAAGAGAAGAUGCCGUUGCCUGUUUAUUGUAGGGCACGUUAGUGUUUCCUGGUAACUAAAACAGGAUAGGUCGAAUUAUUCUCCGCCGCAGCAAGCGUAUCAAAAGGUAUCCGGGCCUCAGGAUACAGAAGAAUCUGAGCUUUGAUGUCCCCGUUCUUCCCCUCAUCGCGCCUCUUCAGUGAUAUCGCCGCCGACAUGUUCCCUCCUGCACUGUCUCCCCCAACACAGAUCCGACGGGGGUUUAUGCCUCUCUCCUUGCUCCCGGACCCGAGGAGCCAGUCGAUUACAGACGCAUACUCAUCUAUCUGGACAGGGAAGGACCAUUCAGGAGCAAGUCGGUAUUCAACCGCGAAAACAAUGACACCGGCUCCCUCGGCGACAAUACGGAGUCCGUUUUCGAACUCAUCUACCGUACCAACCGUGUAUCCGCCGCCGUGGAAGUAAAUCAGGGCGGCUGCAUCGUUGGAAUGCUGACGCUCCGUGGCCGAGGAAGGGUAAAGCACGCGGAUAGGGAUGGUACCAUAUGGACCGCGGAUGGCGGUGAAUUCCACGCGGUGGAUGGGAGCCUGCUUUGAGGGUUCUAGGGCAUGGAUUCCCAGGACCUCAGUAUGGUGUCGACGUUCAUGGAUGUAGUCUGGUCCGCCUAGUCGGAGAGAUCCCUCGAGAGUGGUGGCGAGGAAAUGCUGAAGCUCGGGGUCUAGGGUGGUUCUCGCGGCCAUCUUGGGGAGUUUAUGAGGGCCGGUCAGGAUUUUUUCCAUUUUGUCUGUGGUUGAUAUUUGUUGUUUGUAGCUUUUUAUACGUUACUGAGCUGAUCAUACAAGUUCUUUAAUGUAGUCCUGACAUCAUGGUUCAUGGAUGAAGCCUUGCGUGAACAUUACAUAUGCUGGUCUGCUACCCUAAUCUGAUGCCCUAGCCCUAGCUUCUUAGACCACCCUUCUUCAUGUUUAAUAAACAACAUGCCGAUGGAUGAUAGAUGCAGCUCUGAGAAAUGCAUCCUUUGUCUCAAGCACAAUUCCGUACUGCAUACACCGUAUGGAGUACGAUGUGCAGUCAUCCAUAAUGAACAGAAUGGCCCA